AUGGAAAUAUAUGGAAGACAAGGAUUCUCUGCUUCACAGAAUUCUAUUUCCAAAAUAUGGAAGUAUUCUGGUUGGAGUUUCAAGGAGAGUGGAACUGCUUCAUGGAAGAUUUUAUCAGAUGGAGGUAAUUCUCUUAAACAAAUUAUUAGAUGGAAUGUUGUCAAUGGGAUUAACAUUGACGUUUUCAAUGACACUUGGAUACUGGACAAGAGCUUAAACAAUUGGCCAACCUUUGUUAUUCCACAUGAUGAUAGCAGUUUUCUUGUUUCUAAUUUAAUCAGUAAUGGUAGAUGGAAUGAGGAUGCUAUUGGUAAAAUUAAGAUUAACACCGAUUCAUCUGAAGACAAGAGAGAACUCAUGCAUCAAUUAUGUGGUAAAUCAAUUUUUGGUUUGUUACUUGAAAAAUCUGUCAAUUAUAUGGGCUGUAGAAAUUAUUGGUGCUGGAUUAAAAAAGCAAAGCUGAAUCCAAGGGUGGAAAAUGUUUUGUGGAGGAUUUUCAGUGAUGCCAUUCCCACUAAGAAGCUACUGGUUUAUAAAAGAUUGCUUAACUGGAUUCUAUGCCCGAGAGAUUGUUUUGAAGAUGAAUAUUUAAACCAUGUAACGGCUAGAAGUAAAAAAUUGAAGGAAGUUUUUCUGCAAAUUGAAAAGUGGGGCUUUCAUAUUCAUGUUUUUGAUUCAUUACUGGAAUAUAUCAACUGGUUUUAUAAUCAAUGCUCAUUCAUCGUUAACCUUUAUUGCAAUGUGACUUUCUUCUCUUGGAAAUGUAGGAAUAAUUUGAUUCAUAAUGGUAAAGAAGACAACUCAAUGAAUAUUGGUGCUCAUGCAGUGAGCUAUUCAUCAACUAUGGCUCAAAGAUCUAUUAAUUUCUCGGGUAAAUGGGGUGCUAACCAGCCUUCAUGGCUGUCCAAUAUCCAUUGGCAUCCCCCUCCACCUAAUUGGCUUAAAUUCAAUGUGGAUGCUUCCCUUCUACCUUCUUUUAAAGCGUGA